GGAACGGCUUUAUUUGUUGGUCGCGGCGUGUCGGUUUGGCGCGGUUUGAGAGUUCUUUUGGUUCCUUGUUUUUGUUCUUGUUUCUCUGGACGAAACCGGCUUACCGGCAAGCCAAGCUUGGCUUAGCCUUACUGGUACAGACACCUGGAGUUUACCUGUCGAGGCUGGGAUUUUUUUUGGCAUAAAUAUGUGUGUUUUCGUAGGCUCCUGCAAUGCCGAACAGUUAGUAUUUGGGCGAUUCAAGGCGGAGAGUGCCUCCGCCUUUGGGAUCAGGCUGGGAUUCCGAUGCGAUUCGUAGAUGUUCCUAUGCUGCUCAGGUGUCCCCCUCUGAUCAAUCGUGUCAGUUCUUCGGGCUGUCAUAGGGAGUGGCCUGCGUGUAUGGUGAUUGGUAGCCUGGCAGGCCACCAAUAAUAUCUUCUCUCCUGGGCUUAUUUGCCUCCAUUUGUCAUCAGCUUCUUGAAAUCCACAGUCUGGUCAAAUGCUGUGAAGAAAAUUCCUCUAGUGCUGAAUAAGUUCAGCAUAGAACCACUAUGGGCGCCUGUGUAUCUUCAAGCAAAAAGCGGAGAUCGCAAAGGUCAUGCUGUAUAUACAGGCGCUACCGUGGCAAGGUUUUAACCAAUACACCUAUAGUACGCGUCGGUGAAGUGGAGAACCUUGCUUCUUCUGGAGCAGCAGUCCAUUUAGGGACUUCUGCAGCUGCUCGACGGAGAUCCGAUGGCUCAAACGUUACGUUCCACCUCACACAAUUGCAGUGGCGUCACAGUGAGCUGGACACAGAGAAUGGAAAUGUUGUGUGCCAAGAAGAAGCGUGGUUCGACUCUGUCAGUAUCUUGGGAUCUGACUCAGAUGAAGACUUCAGCAGUGUCAAUGGAGACUUCCCUGCUAUGUCAAAUUCAACAGGUACACAAUUGAUGCAGUGCGAAGAUGCUUCAUCUAUCGCUGACGCCAUCCAGAAGUUUGAAUUGAUUUUUGAUGGUUCUAGUGUUGCUCAAGCUGUUGGGCAGUACCUGAAAAGAGAUGCAAAUAAAAUAGAAGCAGAGAGGCCUAGAGUUGCAAGCCCCGAAGCUUGUGAUGUCUCUAGUGGAAAGGUUGAGGAUGCUAAGACACGAAAUGAGGGUAUAAAAAAAGUUAGAAGAGGCGAGGAUGCAUGUAAUACCUUGAAGUCUUUCAAAGAUGGAGAGAAGCCUCAUGAAAGCAUCUUCAAAAGUUUGACACCAGUGUGCACACCUCGUCAUGCUAACAAGGUCCAACCAUUGGCAGUAGCAAGUCCACGGGGCCAAAAGAAGAAAUCAGCUGUUGUCAGGCUUUCUUUCAAGAGGCAGUCUUUCGAUGGAGAACAAACUACUGAAAUAUGUUCCUCUAGAAGGUACUUGAUCCGCCCACGAGCUGGAUUAUUGGUUCCACAAGCUGGUGAGAAAAUUUCUGAAGGUUGUUGGUCUGUGCUUGAGCCUUCGGCAUUCAAGCUGCGAGGGGAAAGUUUUUUCAAGGACAAAAAGAAGUCUCCUGCCCCAGCUUGUUCUCCAUACACUUCAUUUGGUGUGGACAUAUUCAUGUCCCCUAGGAAAAUUCACCACAUUGCCCAGCAUAUUGAGCUUCCAUCUGUAAAGCCAAAUGAUAAAAUUCCUUCGCUACUUAUCGUAAAUAUUCAGAUGCCUACAUAUCCUGCUGCUAUGUUCCUUGGUGAUAGUGACGGUGAAGGGAUUAAUCUGGUGCUAUAUUUCAAACUGAACGAUAACUUUGAGAAAGAAAUUUCUCCCCAGUUUCAUGACAGCAUCAAGAGACUUGUAAGCGACGAAACGGAGAAGGUCAAGGGUUUCCCAUUGGACUCAACAGUCCCUUUCAGAGAAAGAUUGAAGAUAUUGGCAGGGUUAGUUAACCCAGAUGACAUGAACCUGAGUUCUGCGGAGAGGAAGCUUGUUCAGGCUUACAAUGAAAAGCCAGUCCUCUCAAGGCCUCAGCACAACUUUUAUGUGGGAUCAAAUUACUUGGAGAUCGACCUUGAUGUACACCGCUUUAGCUUCAUCUCGAGGAAAGGGCUCGAAGCAUUCCGAGAAAGAUUGAAACAUGGGAUGAUUGAUCUCGGUCUAACCAUACAGGCCCAGAAGCAGGAGGAACUUCCAGAGCAUGUACUGUGCUGUGUAAGGCUAAACAAAAUUGAUUUUGUCGAUAAUGGGCAAAUACCAACACUACUGCCAUGUGACGAUGACUAAAAAGUUCGGCCAGCAGCCUAGCAACAAAUUAACUGAAACUGAUGUUUCGGCCAAGAACAUGAGCAUGUGCUCACAAGUCCAUUCCCCGAAGAAUUGUGAGAUGAACUGAAGUGGGGAUCUGCGUGUAUAGUCAUGGUUUUUUUUUUCUUUCGUAUUCUGGUGUUGCGAAUCAAAUUCUGUUGGAACUUGGAAGUUGAUUUGCGAGUCCGGAAUUGAACAUGCCGGCAAGACGUCUUAUCCAUGUUCUAUUUUUUUCUUUUGAA